AGUUAAUAUAUUAAUUAAUUAUAUUCUGAUAAAUUUUUGUCAUUUUUUUUACAUAUAUAUUGGGCUUUGGGUAUAUCAAGAUGUUGUUCAUCUCUAUCCAUCUUAGGAAUAAUAUAAAAGAUUGAUGGGGUUGUGCAUUCAAAUUAAUAUCUUAUGUUAGAAGUCUUGUAGAAUAUGAGAAAUAGACAAUUUCUCCAAUAAGACCUUUGAAUUCAAAGUAUGAUGUUAAUCCCCCUUUCUGCUUCAUCGUCUUUUCUGAUUUUACGUGUUUUUUCUGAGGGAAUUCACCCAAAACCAAACAAACUUUCUUAUUGUUCUGAUGUCAAUUAAGAUAGAAGAUGGUAAUCGAUCAGUUCUAGGUGCUAGUGAAGUAGUCUGUCCAGUGUUUUGUAGUUUUUCUCUUUCAUAGUAUACAAAAUUCUGAUUUCCUGUAAAUGAACACUCAUAAGCUUGAGUGCCAAGAACCAAACAAUGGAUGGCUGAGUGAUUAUUCUUUGGAAUUAUCUGAUCGCUCCUCUGGAAAUUUUGGUUCUCGGCAGUCUUGGAAUAUGGGAGUUUGUUUCGAAUCUCCAUCAUCCGCUAUGGGAGGAGGAUCUCUACUGGAAAACCACAGGAGUGCUAAUCCUGCUGGUACAAUUUCAAGUCAUUUUGGAUCAACAACUUCUACUUUUUAUACAGCUCAAGAUUACAUAGGUUUUCCACAGUGCCAGUUUCAAGUUGACACAUUCCCGUGGAGCCCCCAGCUUCACAAGAAUUAUGAGCUAGCAAUUCCAUCAUUACAGCCUUAUGAGGAUCCCCUUUCUAUUAACUCAGCAAAGCAUGAUGAUAUUGACCUUCAAUCAAGGGAUACCUUGCAAUCUGUUGUGAAACUUCCGUUGCAUAGCAAUCAGAAAUCUGUAUUUUGUGAUGACUCCAAUAGAAUCUCCUCAAGAUAUUUGCGAGGGAGUGACUACAUCCCUCUUCUGCAAAAUAAGUUGGCUGGUAAGGAGGCCACCUUGGCUAAUAGGCACCUCUCAGUCCCUAUUCAAAGAAGUCAGAAUCCUAGAGUUGGUUGUAAUCCAUUCACCGCUCUAGCACAGCCGAGCUUCCAUCAUCAACCGGACAGGCAAUCUCUAAGACCUACUUCAGGGGGUGUUUCUUUUACUUCUGGCAGUCCUGUUUCAUCUGGAGCAGCAGCGUCAAGUAAAACACGGAUUAGAUGGACUCCAGAUCUUCAUGAGCGGUUUGUUGAAUCAGUGAAUCGUCUUGGAGGUGCAGACAAGGCAACUCCGAAGGGAAUCCUGAGGUUGAUGGACUCUGAAGGAUUGACCAUCUUCCAUGUGAAAAGCCAUUUGCAGAAAUAUCGAACUGCCAAGUACAUGCCAGAAUCUGCAGAAGGAAAGUCGGACCGGAAAACAUGUUCCAACAACAUUGCUCAGAUUGAUACGAAAACUUGCAUGCAAAUCACAGAAGCACUGAGACAGCAACUAGAUGUACAGAGGCAUCUCCAUGAACAAUUAGAGAUUCAGAGAAAUUUACAAGUGCGGAUUGAAGAACAAGGGAGGCAACUCAAAAUGAUGUUUGAAGAGCAGCAGAAAACAAACCAGAGCCUUUUUCAGACUGAGAAUCUGGAUAAUUUGUUCCCUGAAAAGUUAAAUAGUCUUGAGGAUAUUCAGGCUUCUACUGUAGGAGAACAAUCUGAGAGUUCCUACUUCCACUCCGAAAUAAGUUAGUUAGCUUCUGGUGCUGCAUUCUUUGUUCUUAAACUUUGUAAGCCGGGCCUAGAAAUAGUUCAUUAAAAUAUCAAUCA